CUGUGAUGCACUCAUCAUGAACUCGGACUCCACGGUGAUGCAUGAUGCCCUUCACUACUAUCAACAACCAGGCCCUUACUCCCUACAUCAAACUGUUGGCUCAAAUAAUUGCAGCGUUCAUACCGAAUACCCCGAUGAUUACUCUGUCAAAGAAGUCACACUAUAUGCUGCAGGAUAUGACAUACACUCCGAUCAUCAUGUUCUCCUCCAAUGGCUGAACAGCACGAAAGACGAUGCACCAGUCGCUCAAAUUGUGCAGCUGACGGGCAACUACAACUACUAUGCGCCUAUUGUGACGUGCACAGAUACCACCAUUCGAAAUCAGGUCAUCCCUGUGGGGGCAUUUUCUCGUAUACAGAGAGACCAGAUUCUCCACCUUGCCAAUCAGGUCAAAUUUCAGAAUUCCUCGACCACCAAUAACUGCAGGGUUUGGUUGCGAGAGUUGCUGAUGGCCAUGGUUGAUGAGGAGCUCAUCACGCAGGCGAAGUUUGAUGAAAUUAUUGAGGUGGAUCCUCUUCAGAUGCGUCGACCAGAGCAAUGA